GUUUUCGGUUCUUCCCAGCUUUCUGUACUGAAACUAAAUAACGUGUCAAUUUGCACCUGAUUCUGGGAACUUCUCCACUGGAGAAACUGGACCACUAGUGUUGGCUACAAUGCUUGGGCUACAAGGAAACGCAUCCUCCUCUAAAGAGUAUCGUUGUGUGGCCUGCUCUGCUACCUUCACUGGGCUAGCGUCUCUGCUGGUUCAUCAAGCAACUCAUGCUGGAUCAUUACCCAAGCCUCCAUCAAACCCCUCUGGCUCCAAUCUUCUGCAAGCAUCUCUGACUCCCUCAAGUGAAGACUGGGAGUCCUCGGUGCCUAAAAUCCCAGCCACACAAAUGUAUAUAUGUGAUUGUGGGGAAGAGUUUAAAGACUUUAGUAUUAUGUUUGAACAUAAACAGACCCAUGUCGCUAAAGUAUCGUCUUCUGAGUUAAUGGUCAAUAAUGGGCAGACCUCCAACAAAGAUAUAUCCAAAACACAGUGUUCCCCGACUGGGGCCCAGACAAACGAGGCUCUUGAAGAAGACUCUGCUCCUGGGCCUUCUGAGGAUGAGCUGUGCUCAUUCAAGAACACUGUAGACCAAGAAGAACCGGCUGAUACUAGCACUAAGGACCAUAGCCCUGUGUCGGCAGAAGCUGAGUUAGAGAAGGAGCUAGCAGCACAAGACAUGCCAGAGGAGACUGAGGGAAAUGAAAUGGAUGAACCAGAGCCAAAGCAUAAAUCCCUGAUGAAGAUCCUGGCAUCUACGUAUGGAAAACACUUGGUGCCUCCUCAGUCUGAAGAUGAUGACAAAGUCAUGGCGUCUCUUAAAGAAAAACCUGAACUAGUCGUUAUUGCACCUCAGACAACAACAAAAGGACCAUCAGCCAUGCAAUUAAAGCGUCUUCUUGGGAAACCUUGCAUGAAGACAAAAGCUCCAUCUAUUAGCAGACUUCUUGAGUCCAGUACAAAGAAGAUAGUUUCACUUACAAAAAUCUUUUCACCUGUAGUGCUUCUGGAAACUCGUCACAAGUUUAUGGAUCCAAGCAGCAACAACGUAUAUGGGAAAUAUCAAUGUGCCCGCUGCCGAAGGGUUUUUCAGGAUGUUGAUAGCUUGACAGAACACCACUUUUUGCAUAAAAAAGAAAGGAUUAAAUGUUGCCGUUGUUGCAAACAACUAAUUAUUGGAAGAGUGCCCCUCCCUGACAAUCACAUAUGUCCACAGUCAAGACCAAAGACCACAACACCAUCUUAUUUCAAAAGUAUUGCAACUAGUGGACAAAAAACAAUACAAAUUGACAGCGUGAAAAAUGUGUACUUUUGUCCAAUUUGUAAACAGAAUUUUACACGCAGAUACAAUCUUAAAAAGCAUAAAUGCCGUGGCUCUGCUCCGAGUCCUCCUCCACAGACAAAGUUCUUGAGCAGUGCAACAGAGGCAUGUCUCAAUGUUUAUGAUGAAGGAAACAUUUGCAUAAAAACUGAGGAUACCUCAGACCCAGAAUAUGAAAAGGAACUUUCAAAUCUGAGUUGGUCUUCUGCAUCAUCAAUAAAGGACCAGCACAGAAAUGCAACUGCAUUUGCAGCAUCUUUUCUGCAAGAACAAGACAGCCAGUGGACCCUGCCUUUGGACAAUGAACAAAAAACGCUCACAUCAAGUGAAAAAAAAAGACGUACACGUGUGAGCUUUUUUUUUAAAAAUGGUGUUAGGCGUUACCCUUGUAACAAGUGUCAUCAAACAUUUGGCUUGACUGGUAAUUUAAGUCGUCAUAGAAAAGUAUGUGGUAUUAACCCAAAAGGUUUCGGGAGUGGGCACAAUUCCAAUAGCGCGCCAGUAAAUUCCAACAAUGUAAAAAUGUAUUCGUGUUAUGUCUGUGGGAGAAACUUCAAUCGCAAAGAUAACAUGAUGGUCCACAGAAAGAAAUGUGAAAUGAGACGGACAAUGAUUCCAAAUUUUGCCGGUGAAAUUAACCCGAGUUUGCCCCUGUCUAAUGCUCCACAGGAUCUUCCUCAGGAGGAUGAUGGAGGCAACUGGAGCAUCAUGUCGCUUCCCUCGGUUCUCCCCAGAAGAGUGACAUGUGAGUGUGGCAUUGGCUUCACAUCUCCCAAGCUUCUCCUGGAGCAUUUACAGAAACAUGCUCAGGAGUCCUACACCUGCCCAACCUGUGGUGUCACUGUAAAUUCAUGGGCAGAUUAUGAGAUUCAUCUGCAGCUUCACAUGCACCCUCAGCAUCACAGACAUUUAAACCCUCUAUUAUUGCAAUUAAAAACAAAUGUUCCGUUACAGCAGCCGGCCACAAUUGGCCUCUUUGAAAAGGCGCCACAAACUCAGAAAGAGUUUAAACUUCCAAAUAAAAAACAAAUGUUUGCUUGUCCAAGAUGUGGUAGUACAUUUGCUCGACGUUGCUCUCUCCGAAGGCACUUGACCUGGAGUCAGUGUAUAGGAUUUUGAAUGUGCCUCCCUAAACUGUUACUUAUUACAGAUUACUCCAAUCUAAUUUUAUCACUGCUGCUUCCAAAUUCAUGCAGUAUUGUGGUUUAUGUUGACUCAUUUAUAUUUUAACAACCCUUAAACAAACUUUAAUAC